CUUGUCAGUUGAGCAUUUUGUGUUGCUUCAAUUCAAUUCAACAUUUAUUUUCUAUAUAAUAUUCAUACAUUUUCUCUCAUUUACCAGCAGCAGACAUACACAUACACGUUCACACCCACCGCUCUCACGUGAGGCAAAGAGCAAAUUAUCAACAGAAAAUGCAACUGCCGUUCUUCGCACUGGUAGCCAUAUGCACGCUCUCAGUGCUGCUGCCCUUGCCAAAGCACUACGCGGUCGCACCACUGCACACAGCACUGUCGCCCUACACGCCCAAUUUCCUACUCACACUCCUACUCCACCCCGCCCUGACCACACCCCUGUUCUACUAUGUUCUCCUGAGACUCGUUCAUUUCCUGCUGAGCAUCCCCGUAAAGCUCUUCUUGUCCCGCUUUGGCCUAGACGUGCGCAGCUUCAGCGGCACGAGUUUCAGCGGGCUUUUACUGACCAUCAAGGUGCGCGGCAAGUAUGAGGUUGUCGUAAGGGUGGAUGAGAUCGGUGUUGAUGUGAGGACAAUGCGUAGGCUGAGGGUAAGGGUUAGAGAGGCAUGGCGCAGAGCUAAGGCGCGGAUGCGGGGAAGGCGCAGAGAGGGCAAUGAGACCAGCGCUGCUGUUUCCGAUACCGCCACGCUGCCGCCGCCGCCGCUGCCAACGCCAUUGGUUGAUUCUUCCUCUGCGGCACCGGUACCGGCGCCAGCAUCCGAUGUUUCGGGAAAUGGGUUGUCCAAGCGGCUGCAGAUCUACGCGCGCGGCGUUCAUAUUCAACUGCUCAGCACGGCCAAUCCAGCACUAACGGACGACGGUCCCACUCCAUGGUUCGACCUGCCCGAGGACGAGGAAGAAAACAAGGAUAACGAUGAAGGCGAUGACCAAGCCCAGCCGCAAACUCAGAAGCAACAUCGUAGGGAGCAGCAGCAGCAGCAGCAAGGGCCAGAGACUCGCAGGGAAAUGGGCAACCCUGUUUUAGACACUGAAGCUCAGGAACUGGCAGGUAAACUGGCCAAAAAAAUAUCCGCCACACUACGCACAUACACAUACGUUGCGUCGCUGUUUGCCCGGUGGGUGGAUAUAUCAGUGUCGGAUGUCAGCGUGGUGCUCAGCAGCGGCGAGAUGGCCCGGGCGGGGCAUGGCGUUACGCUGAUGGUUUCGAACCUGAUGCUCUGGGCAGAGUCGGCUAGGGAGAAUCAGGGCGAAGGGUGGACUAGACCUGGGUUUGCGAGCUCGGUGCUUGGUGUUGUCGAUUGGUUAUUGAGACUGGCAAAGAUUCGCGCGCCUGGAAGCGGGGAGCAUAGUGGGUUUGUGCCGCCGGCAGCUGCGGCAGAGGCGGCAUUGGCAUCGGCAUCGGCAGCGGAGGCAGAGCCCGUGUUUGGCCCGCCUGAUCAG